AUAAGUUUUUUAUGUUUUUGACACUGGGUUUUGUGUUUGAUCAGUUAAAUCCCAUGUAUUCAGGGCAUCAGCGGUGGAUAUUUAACUGAGGCAGAGAUCAGACUGACAUCCAGACGGACGAGGAACAAGGAACGAGACUACUCCACUACUUCACCUGAGAUUAUAUUCCAGUUGCAGAGUGCUGUGAGAUCCUGAACCAUGCGUCCUGUUGUGGUUACUGCCAUCCUUCUCCUGGUGGUGCUGAUGUCCAUGUCGGACUCUGAAGCCUGGGAUCCCUCAGAAAUGUGUAGGACCAAAUAUCCGGCCACACCGUGUAAAAACAAGAACCUCGGUGUAGGCUGGUUCCACAUGGGUAACAACCGCUGUGUGAAGGCGUUCUACAAUAAUCAGCAUUUGGGUCAUACUGAUGCAGAGAUGACCUGCAGAAAAUUCCCAAAUGGCCAUCUGGUAUCAAUCCACGAUGACGUGGAGCUGAAUCAAGUCAUAUGUGCCAUUCACAGGGCCACCCCCGGAAAAGCUCACUACUGGAUCGGAGGCCUCCGUACUGAGGAUUCUGUAUAUUUAACGACACUUUAUUGGUGGGUGUGGACGGAUGACAGUACUUUUAAUUACUCCUACUGGGCUGGUGGCCAGCCUGACUGGGCUUGGCGCAGCGAGUACUGCAUUGAGAUGAACUAUUGGGACUGGGGACAAUGGAACGAUGCAAACUGUAAUCAGGCUAAGCCCUACGUGUGUGCAGUGAAGGUCUAGAGGUCCAGAGAGAACCUGAAGACCAGCAGGUGGACCAGUCUGCUUCAACUGGAACCACUGCAAGCUUUUACAUUUACUGCAAUAAAUAUUCAGCAUCAAAAAACA